GUACUUGCGACAGACGGUCGAGAAGUCCGUUCUUCGACCGGCGCUGCUUUCCGGUCUCCUCUACGGCCUUGCUGUUCUAUGCUUCUUGUACAGCAUGACUGUGUUACCCUUUGCCAUUGGCUAUGCGCUUGGCUGCGGAGGUGCUUUAGCUGUUAGCUUGCUUUGGGGCGUGCUGGCCUUCGGCGAGGCGGCCAGCACGCACAACCGCCAGUGCAUCCUGUGCUCCUUCUGCGGGGUCUUCACGGGAAUCGUCCUUUUGGGCGUUGCCGCCUAG